UCGGUCCUCCCGGACAGCCCUACUUCCGUUGCCUCCCCAGCCAGGCGGCUCCUCUCGCUGUGUCCGCGACCGUUGCUGCCGCCCUCGUCUCCGUCCGAACGAGCCUGUCGAGAUUCGCCUUCAGCCCGCAGGUGUAAAAAGAAACCGAAACCAUGACGGACUCCAAAUACUUCACCACCAAUAAAAAAGGGGAGAUCUUUGAACUGAAAGCCGAGCUCAAUAACGAGAAGAAGGAGAAGAGGAAGGAAGCGGUGAAGAAGGUCAUUGCCGCCAUGACGGUGGGGAAGGAUGUCAGCUCCCUUUUCCCAGAUGUGGUGAACUGUAUGCAGACCGACAACUUGGAGCUGAAGAAGCUGGUGUACCUCUACCUGAUGAACUAUGCCAAGAGCCAGCCGGACAUGGCCAUCAUGGCGGUCAACAGCUUUGUGAAGGACUGUGAGGAUCCCAACCCUCUCAUUCGUGCCCUCGCGGUGCGCACCAUGGGCUGCAUCCGCGUGGACAAGAUCACAGAGUACCUGUGUGAGCCGCUGCGCAAGUGUCUGAAGGACGAGGACCCGUAUGUGCGCAAGACAGCAGCCGUCUGUGUGGCCAAGUUGCAUGACAUCAACGCCCAGAUGGUGGAAGACCAAGGGUUCCUGGAUUCCCUGCGCGAUCUCAUUGCAGACUCCAAUCCCAUGGUGGUAGCCAACGCCGUAGCUGCCUUAUCAGAAAUCAGCGAGUCUCACCCGAACAGCAACUUGCUGGAUCUCAACCCGCAGAACAUUAACAAGCUGCUGACCGCCUUGAACGAAUGCACCGAGUGGGGCCAGAUCUUCAUCCUGGACUGCCUCUCCAAUUACAACCCGAAGGAUGACCGCGAAGCCCAGAGCAUCUGUGAACGAGUGACCCCCCGCCUCUCUCACGCCAACUCCGCCGUGGUGCUGUCGGCCGUCAAGGUCCUCAUGAAGUUCCUGGAGCUCCUCCCGAAGGACUCAGACUACUACAACAUGCUGCUGAAGAAGCUGGCUCCCCCUCUGGUGACCCUCUUGUCCGGAGAGCCUGAAGUCCAGUACGUCGCCCUGAGGAACAUCAACUUAAUUGUGCAGAAAAGGCCGGAAAUCUUGAAGCAGGAGAUCAAGGUUUUCUUUGUGAAGUACAACGACCCCAUCUACGUCAAACUGGAGAAGCUGGACAUCAUGAUCCGUUUGGCGUCUCAAGCCAACAUUGCUCAGGUCCUGGCAGAACUGAAAGAAUACGCCACGGAGGUGGAUGUGGACUUUGUCCGCAAGGCUGUGCGUGCCAUCGGGCGAUGUGCCAUCAAGGUGGAGCAAUCUGCCGAGCGCUGCGUGAGCACCCUUUUGGAUCUCAUCCAAACGAAGGUCAAUUACGUGGUCCAGGAAGCCAUUGUGGUCAUCCGGGACAUCUUCCGCAAAUACCCCAAUAAGUACGCAGCAGCAUCAUAAGCGCCACUCCUGUGUGAGAACUUUCUGGACUCCCUGGACGAAAGCCGGAUCCCCGAAAGCAGCCAUAUGAUCUGGAUCGUGAAAUGAUCACGCAGAGAGAGGAUCGACAACGCGGACGAGCUCCUGGAAAGCUUUCUGGAGGGCUUCCACGAUGAAAGCACCCAGGUGCAGCUCACCUUACUGACCGCCAUAGUGAAGCUCUUCUUGAAGAAGCCAUCUGAGACACAGGAACUGGUUCAACAAGUGUUGAGUCUGGCCACACAGGAUUCCGACAACCCAGACCUGCGGGACCGUGGCUACAUCUACUGGCGCCUCCUCUCCACGGAUCCCGUGACCGCCAAGGAGGUGGUCUUGUCGGAGAAGCCCCUGAUCUCCGAGGAAACCGACCUGAUCGAGCCCACCCUGCUGGACGAGCUGAUUUGCCACAUUGGCUCCUUGGCCUCCGUGUACCACAAGCCCCCCAACGCCUUCGUGGAGGGCAGCCACGGAAUCCACCGCAAGCAUUUGCCCAUCCACCACGGGAGCACUGACGCAGGAGACAGCCCGGUGGGGGCCACGACUGCUACGAACCUGGAGCAGCCCCAGGUGAUUCCGUCCCAGGGGGACCUCCUGGGAGACCUGCUGAACCUCGACCUUGGGCCUCCGGUGAACGUGCCCCAGGUGUCGUCCAUGCAGAUGGGGGCCGUGGACCUUCUCGGAGGAGGGCUGGAUAGCCUGCUUGGCAGUGACCUUGGCGGGGGAAUUGGAGGAAGCCCUGCAGUGGGACAGACCUUCAUUCCCUCGUCGGUGCCUGCGACCUUUGCCCCUUCACCAACUCCAGCUGUGGUCAGCAGCGGCCUCAAUGACCUCUUUGAGCUCUCCUCCGGCAUCGGCAUGGCUCCCGGCGGAUACAUAUCCCCCAAAUCGGUCUGGCUGCCGGCAGUAAAGGCCAAAGGGCUGGAGAUCUGUGGAACAUUCGGUCACCGACAAGGACACAUCUACAUGGACAUGAGCUUCAGCAACAAGGCUCUGCAGCACAUGACAGACUUUGCCAUUCAGUUUAAUAAGAACAGUUUUGGAGUCAUUCCCAGCACCCCUUUGGCCAUCCACACUCCUCUGAUGCCGAACCAGAGCAUCGACGUCUCCCUCCCCCUCAACACUUUGGGACCGGUCAUGAAGAUGGAGCCGCUGAACAACCUCCAGGUGGCCGUGAAGAACAACAUCGACGUCUUCUACUUCAGCUGCCUUAUCCCGCUCAACGUGCUUUUCGUGGAGGAUGGCAAAAUGGAACGCCAGGUCUUCCUCGCCACAUGGAAAGAUAUUCCAAACGAAAACGAGCUCCAGUUUCAAAUCAAGGAUUGCCACCUGAACGCCGACACGGUGUCCAGCAAACUCCAGAACAACAACGUGUACACCAUCGCCAAGAGGAACGUGGAAGGCCAGGAUAUGCUCUACCAGUCGCUGAAGCUCACCAACGGCAUCUGGAUCCUGGCCGAGCUGCGCAUUCAGCCGGGCAACCCCAACUAUACACUCUCACUGAAAUGCCGCGCUCCUGAAGUGUCUCAGUACGUCUACCAGGUCUACGACGCCAUUUUGAAAAACUAAUGCCACAGAACCUGCCACCACCUCGCCUCCGUGGGGAUUUAAGGUGGGGCCAAGACCCCGCAACUGCCGCUGCCCCCCCCACCCCCCAGCAGGCCGAGAACUCUCUCAGUGUGGGGGAAACAGCUCUGUGUCAUGUCUUCGCCUUCAGCCCCGACAAGCUGAAGGCAAAACCAAGGUAGCGAGUAGUGUCCACGUGCCGGUAACUGUAGAGAAUGACCCGUUUGAUACUUUUAGCAUCUGUGAGAAGUUUGUAACCACUUUGCGUUGCCCGUCGCCACCGCGCGCCUGUGCCACGUCUGUCUGGUCUGUCUGUUCCCGUGAGCUUGCUCCAUCUCGUGCCAACGCCGUGCAUUUUCUAAACCACUUUAGGCCUCUAGAUGCUUUUUUUUUUGUAACGCGCAUCCUCAUUUCGACUCGCACACGCAGUCUCCGUCGAGGCAAAGGCAUCCGAGAACCAUUCGCUGCACUUUACUGUUUUCUAUUUGUGUGUUUCUGACGGAUUUGUUUGUUUUUUUAAUUAGCCAGCAGCCUAAAAGAUAGGGGAAGGGGGUCUCUAAAACAGACCUGCCGUUAUCAAUUACAUAGGAGAAAACGCUGGGUCCCUUUGGAUAUCGGAGACCUUGGGGGUUCCACCACUGGUUACUGCUUUGUAACCUUUUGAUUCACAAUAUGCCAGUCACCCCCUCCCAUCUACUCACCUCCCCUCCAACCCCAGCACUGAAAAUCUUCCAGCCGCACCUCCUCAAAUUCCUUUGGCUACGUGGGCUGUCGUUUUGUUUUUAGAAGGAGGACCAGCCAAAGUUACAUUGAUGCAGUUUGGGAAGGGCGCCUGAUGGGCUCAAGAGGUGUGAGACAGGGUCACACCGUGCUCAGUUCUGAUUUAUCUCUCCCUAGCAUGACAGGUUCGUGUGUCGUGGACAGCUCAGCCUUUCCUUGCGGUGAUACCCACAUGUGCAUGUUUUGUGCAUAUAGUAUCCCAAGGGAAUGCAGCAGCUGGGCCAGAGCUGGAAAGCGUGGGGCUUCUAGGGAAAGAAAAACAAAAGGGCCAAGUGAACAGCCGGGCAAAUUGCCAAUCGAGUUGCUCUUUCCCUGCUUCACGGGUCCCGUCCUUGUUGCUAGAGAGGCUGCAGAUCCCUUACUAGGGUCUCAGGUCUUCAGGGAAGCUCCCUGAAGAUCUCCAACAAUCGGCCUCUGUCUUGGCCAGACAUACACGGUGUCCCAUACUAUGCCCUUUACGGGAGAGGCGCAGCAGUUGAUUAGUCCCCAAGGCUAGAGCAGGACCCCAGAAUGGCUAAACUGGGAACGUGACGAUGGUCGUUAUCCCUCUGCGCUGUAGAUCAGGAGUUUAAUUCUGGCCCCAGAUUCCUGACUCUCCUUCGAUGCUGAGUAGCAUUUCCUGACCAAGCUUGGAACCCAGGCCCCUGACUGGGGAACCCAUUCAAAUCAGUGCCAUCGAAAUGUGUCCAGGUACUCGGGACUGGUACAACUGUCCCUCUUUCCGUGUCAAUCAGCCACCUCUUUGCCCUUCCUUCCUUUGCACCUGUUUCAACUUUUUCAGCUUGUCCCCUUCCAUAUUACCAACUCCUCUCUUUGCUCGUCAACCUCACUGACACAAAGAGGUCCUCUGAGCCUCAAAGCAUUGGCUGCCCUCCUUCCCUCAGUCCCAGAAGAGAAACCAGAGAAGGGCCGUUCCACCUGGGCCUCGUUCACUCACACGCCCUUUGCAAUGCUGACAAGGCCUAGAAAAUCCACCCUCUGGCUAUUUGGGGAUAUGGCGGAGAUCAGCUAUUUACACUAUGCCCAAUGGCUGAAAACAGAAACAUAUACACACAGAGAAAAAGGAUAUAUAUGUAUAUGUUUCUGUUUUAAGCCAUUGGGAAUAAUGUAAAUAGUCGGCCUCUCUAUACAAUAAUCGCAUUGCCCAAGAUAUAUUGUAAGUUAGGGGAGAGAUCCAUCCAUAUUUGGUGGGGAAUACAUCUGCAUUUAAAUGGAAAUCAAAUGAAGGAAAACUGGUAAAUACCAGUAUUGGGAGUGGUCCUGGUUCUUUAAACCCUAUUGACUUGGACAACAAAAACCAUCAUGGGGUGAAUGAACACACACACUAAAUGAAUCUCCUUAAGUCCAUCUGGUCAGCGUGCUCUGUUUAUAAGUAAGCAGAGUCCAGUUUCUUCUUGGAGUUCUCACAAAAAUUCGGCACGAGCCUGACCGACAGUCGUUCAGUCUGCCAGUUUAUGUCCUGCCCAUCUGAAUCGCUGGGGGCCUUGGCCUCCCAUUUCCAUUAGUGGAAAAUUGAGUCCACUCGAGGGUUGCUUAGCCCCUAGAAGGCCACAAGGCAACUUGAACUGCUAUCAGAAGUCUGGAGCAAAACAAAAUGGCGGGUACAGCCUUUAGCCUACGAAGACCUCUAUUUCCACAUCGUACGGGACCACGCUCAGCUUGGUGAGUCACAGGUUAAACAGGCCUGCCUUGAUGUCAAAACAAAAAUCAAAACAAGGGAGCGCAGUGUGCCCCACACCUCAACCGUUUUAGCUGUGUGCAGGUAAUAUGGCUGUGCUGUGCACCUGUUGAGAGGAAUUCAAAAUGGCCGCUCACUAGGAACCCCAGUUGGAAACAAAGGACUGGAGGGGGCUGGCCAACAAUUUGCAUUCACACUGAGAAUUCCACGCACACUGAAGUUCUCCACACAAAGGCGGUAAAUGUGAAGGGAACAAAUGAGGGGCGUAAGGCUGAUCUUGAGGAGGCAGUCUGGAUCCAAUCCCCUUCAUGCUUCCCUGAGUUUAAGGCUGAGGUUUUCCCCCAGGUGAGCUGAAGGAAGGAGCUGAGGUUUAACCUCCUUCACAGUCAAACAUUCUGGGUUAAUCCCCGCCAACCUUUGAGGCAAAGGAAUCGCACACACCACACUUGUGCAGUUGGUUUUGUGCCUCAGUUUUCAGGUAGUAAAUAAUGUUAAAUAUCCUAGGAACACUCCUAUGUAGCAUGUGUAGUACAUUGGUCAUGGCAAAUUGACCGUGGUAGGAUUCUUUUUCAUAAGACAUGAAAUCGUGAGGUGGAGGUAGUCUUACAACUGGUUUUAUGAAAUGGUGCUCAGUGUAGCUCAAGCCACCAUCAGAAGACUGGAGAGAAACACAAUGGUGGACCAAGCCUUCUGCCUACAGAAACCUUUUCCGCCCUGUCCGUCGUCUGUCUGCCAGGCUUGUGCCAUUCGUUGUCUGCAUGCCGUGAUGUGGGGAAAACGUGGAGUGGGGCAGGAGGGAGAGGGGAGGGGGUCGCUCACACUUGCUGCCAUUCUGUCAUUUGACUGGGGGGAAUGGAAAGGGUUAAGCUUUGCCUUGUCUCAUCAAUAAACGUCAUUUAUACAA